UGUUUUGAAGUGAACUUUAAGUAAAUGAAAAAAAAAAUGUUUCAUUUUCCGACAGAUAUCGACGAGUGUGCAUCCUCACCAUGUGGCAGCAAUGGAGACUGUGUGGAUGGUGUAGACUCCUACACUUGCACCUGUCACCCAGGUUACAGCGGGACUAAUUGUGACAACGACAUCGACGAGUGUGCAUCCUUACCAUGUGGCAGCAAUGGAGACUGUGUGGAUGGUGUAGACUCCUACACUUGCAACUGUCACCCAGGUUACAAUGGCACCACCUGUGAAAAUAAUAUCGACGAGUGUGCGUCCUCACCAUGUGGCAGCAAUGGAGACUGUGUGGAUGGUGUAGACUCUUACACUUGCAACUGUCACCCAGGUUACAACGGGACCAACUGUGAUAAUAAUAUCGACGAGUGUGCAUCCUCACCAUGUGGCAGCAAUGGAGACUGUGUGGAUGGUGUAGAGUCUUACAAUUGCAACUGUCACCCAGGUUACAACGGGACCAACUGUGAUAAUAAUAUCGACGAUUGUGCGUCCUCACCAUGUGGCAGCAAUGGAGACUGUGUGGAUGGUGUAGACUCCUACAUCUGCAACUGUUACCAGGGUUACAACGGGACUAACUGUGACAAUAAUAUCGACGAGUGUGCGUCCUCACCAUGUGGCAGCAAUGGAGACUGUGUGGAUGGUGUAGACUCUUACACUUGCAACUGUCACCCAGGUUACAACGGGACCAACUGUGAUAAUAAUAUCGACGAGUGUGCAUCCUCACCAUGUGGCAGCAAUGGAGACUGUGUGGAUGGUGUAGAGUCUUACAAUUGCAACUGUCACCCAGGUUACAACGGGACCAACUGUGAUAAUAAUAUCGACGAUUGUGCGUCCUCACCAUGUGGCAGCAAUGGAGACUGUGUGGAUGGUGUAGACUCUUACAUCUGCAACUGUCACCCAGGUUACAACGGGACCAACUGUGAUAAAAAUAUCGACGAGUGUGCGUCCUCACCAUGUGGCAGCAAUGGAGACUGUGUGGAUGGUGUAGACUCUUACACUUGCAACUGUCACCCAGGUUACAACGGGACCAACUGUGAUAAUAAUAUCGACGAGUGUGCAUCCUCACCAUGUGGCAGCAAUGGAGACUGUGUGGAUGGUGUAGACUCAUACAUCUGCAACUGUUACCAGGGUUACAACGGGACUAACUGUGACAAUAAUAUUGACGAGUGUGCAUCCUUACCGUGUGGUAGCAAUGGAGACUGUGUGGAUGGUGUAGACUCCUACAGCUGCACCUGUCACCCAGGGUUCACAGGGUCCAAGUGCGGAGAGGGUGAGGACAGCCACAAUAUGUGUAGAUUUUUUAGUUAUUGAACUUAGUUGUCUUAUGUCGUAAGACGACGGU